AUGGAUAUCGUCACCUUCAAUAUCUAUGGCGCUGUCAAGGAUAACAAGGCUACCUUUGGCGAUCUCGAUGCAUUCCUCCGCUGGCGCGUUGGCCUAAUGGAGAAGUCCAUCCAAGCCCUCGACCUCCCCUCCGCCACAAAAUCGAUUCCCAAUUACGGCGAAGGCACGGACCCGUACCAAGGCUUCCAGAUCCACGACUACUUGCAAGUCUCGUUUCUCCGCCGCGACCCGCUCGUCAAGACAGCCACGUCCAAGACGAUUGAAAUCCUCGGUAAACACUACCCAGAGACGCUGUCGCGCAAGUUCUUUGUCAAUGUACCCGUAGUCAUGGGAUGGGUCUAUACGGCCGUCAAGAUGAUUGUGGCCAAGGAGACGGCCAAGAAGUUUACCGUCUUGAGCUAUGGCAAGGAUCUGGCGGGCGAGUUGGGUAAGGGUGUGCCCAAGGAGUAUGGAGGCGACAAGGGCAGCCUGCAGGAGGUGGGCGAGGCGGUCAAGUUGACGGAUUAG